AAAAAAUCGAUAAAAUUUAAUUUUUUCUUUCAUACAAUGUUUAUAUUUGAAAUGCCACGUGUUGUACAUAUACGUAAACCGGGAUUAGCUAUAUUACAUCGUUUCAUUCAAUUUAUUAUAUUAACUUAUUUUAUUAUCUAUGUAAUGUGGUUAAAAAAAGGUUAUCAAUCAUUUGAUCGUCCUAUUAGUGGUGUAGCUGUUAAAGUAUAUGGUAUAGCAUGGAAACAAAUAUUUAAAUAUCAAAAUCGUGAUACAAAUGGUAUUAUUGUAUUAGAUAAUGGUGAUUAUUUAUUACAACCAACACAAAAUUCUGGUUUUUAUUUAAUUACAACAAUUAAACAUUUUGUUAUACAAAGUAUGACAACAUGUAGUGAAAGUGAUCGUUUACCAGAUGCAAUAUGUUAUAAUGAUAAUGAUUGUCCAAUUGGUUAUCAAGCUGGUUAUAAACCAUAUGAUCCAAAUGGUAUUGUACCAAAUGAAAAUAAUAUAGAAAUUGAUGAAAGUGGACAUGGUAUAUUUACUGGUAAAUGUUUAAUAAAUUAUAAUAAAUGUCAAAUAUAUGGUUGGUGUCCAACUAGUGAUGAUUAUGAAUAUGAAUUACGUAAACAACGUUAUUAUAAAUUACAAUUAUUAAAACCACCAAAUAUAUUAGAAGGUUUUUAUAAUUAUUUUAAUGAUUUAAAUUUUUUAGAUAAUAAACGUCAAAUUAAUGAACGUACUAUACAUUUAAUAGAUCCAUUUUUUGAAAUGAUUAAUUUUACAUUAUUUAUUAAAAAUAGUAUAGAAUUUCCUAAUUUUAAAAUAAAACGUAGUAAUAUAUUAACAUGGAUGACAGAAAUUUAUAUUCAAAAUUGUUUAUAUAAUUCAAAACAUGAUAUAGAUAAAUAUUGUCCAAGAUUUCGUUUAUAUGAUAUAUUUCAAUUAGCUAAAAUUAAUUCAAAUCGUUUAUUAAAAUAUGGUGGAGUAAUAGCUAUUACUAUACAUUGGCAAUGUAAUUUAGAUUGGAAUAUUAAUUAUUGUUUACCUAAUUAUGAAUUUUUAGAAUUAGAAAGUGUACAUAAAGUAAGAAAAAUUAGAACAAAUAAUAUAAAAUAUAAUAAAAUAAACAAUAAUAAUAAUACUGGUUAUUGGUUAAAUUCAUCUACAACAUAUUCAUCUGAAUCAACAUUAGAUUAUACUGAUAAAGUAUAUGAAUCAUAUAUUGAUGAUGAUGAUGAUAUUAUUGAUGAUAAUGAAGAAGUAAUAACAAUUCAUGAAGGUUCCAGUUUACGUAGUACUGCAUAUUAUGGUUAUGAUACAGAAUUAAUAAAACAACGUAAACGUAUAUUAAUUCAUGUAAAUGGUAUACAAUUUAUUAUAAGAGUUAAUGGUAUAGCUGGUAAAUUUAAUUUAUUAUCAUUUACAAUGAAAUUUGGUUCAGGAUUAGCAUUACUUAGUUUAUCAACAAUAAUAACUGAUUUAAUUUUAUUUUAUUUUACAUAUAAUCGUGAAAAAUAUAAAAAAAUUAUAUGUGAUGAUAAAACAAUAAAUUUUUUAUUACAAAUUACUAUUAAAAAAAAUUUAUCAAAAUCUUCUUCUUCUUUAUAAAUCUGUUUUAUUUUAAGUGUGUGUGUGUGUAUGGUUAAAAACAAAAAACAAACAAAAACAUUUUUUUCAUAAAUAUAUUGACAAUAAUUACAAAUUUAUAUUUAAGAAUAAAUAGAAAAAAGAAAAAAAUAGAAAAUGAGGAAAUUUUAAUCUCUAUUUAAAGUUACAAAUGAAUAAGAAAAAAAUUCAAAUAAAUUUUUUUUGUUUAAUUUAUUGAUGAGUUUCAAUAAAAUCAUUAUUGAUAUUUAUAAUUCAGUUUAUGUUACAUCAUGAUAAUGACUAAAUUUACAAUUAUAUCUACAAUGAAUAUCACUACUACUACUACUAAUAUUAAUACUAAUACUAAUACUAAUAUUACUACCAAAAUUAAUACUAAUAAUCAUAAUGAUACUUGUGCAGAUUAAUUAAAUGCAAAUCUAAUUAAUAUAACAGUACAGAUUGAUUCAGAAAUAGAAAGGCAAACUACAAUAUACAGUACAAACACAAGUUCCUGAUUGCACUACAGAAUUUGUAAAAGAAUUUCAUAAGUACAUGUUAAAAUGAAAAGCAAUUAUUAUCAUAAUGUUCUUCAUUUUGCUUUACACAGUCAUCAUCAUCAUCAUCAUCAUUAUCAUCAUCACCAUUAUAACCAUCAUUAUUACAAUCAUCUCCAUCGUCAUUGUCUUUUUUUCAUGUGAAUCAAUAAAGAUAUGUGAAAGUAAACUAUUUUCAUAUUGAAAUAUGUUAGAUAUUAUUAUGAAAGAAAAAAAAUUGUUUACACUAUUCAUAAUCAUUGAUAUUACUUGUGGAACAAUAAUGACAUAAUUAAUUACCUGCUAAGUCAUAUUAUUUGUCAUUAAGAAUAAUUAUAUCAUUCUGUUGAGUGGCAAACGCAU